AUGGCAGAAUCACCGAAACCAGAGAAAGAGCUUUUCUUCCGCUCAUACAAUGAAUCAGCCCCAACAACAAUCGUACUCAUCCACGGUCUCUUUUCCUGCAACCUGGAAUGGGAGCACGUCGUACCAUUUCUCAACGACUACCAUCUCGUAAUCCCCGAUCUGCCUCAACACUCAAAGUCGAAAGAAAUCGGCCCAUGGUCUCUUGAACUUGGCGCUGACUCAGUCGCGCAUCUCAUUCGAACCCAUGCCCAUGAUGGCAAAGCUCACGUCGUCGGUCUCUCGUUAGGCGGCUUCACAACAAUGGAGAUCAUUCGUCGCCAUCCGGAUCUUGUUAAAUCAGCUUUUGUUACAGGCGCCGCGCCUUUCAUGUCCUGGCAGGUCUGGUUGGCCGAUCGACCAAGUCUUUUACACUAUGGCCUCAUGGUUGUGUUGAACACUGGUAUCUACAGAUUCAGUGUUUGGAAAGCCGGCCUCAAGCAGCAUACCCAGUUGCAGAUCGAAAUCGCCCGCAAUAACGACUGGACUCUUGUCAAAUGUGCUUACGAAGGGCUUGCAAGCUGGGGAAGAGCCGCUAUCGACGAUGUUGCGCAAAAGGACAAGCGAAUACUGGCCAUCGCGGGAGAUCAGGGUGAUAACGUUGAAGGCACAGAGAAAAUGGGAAAGGUUUUUCGAACACAGGGACACGAAGAUGGGAAGAGGAGUCAGGCCUGUGUCGUCAAAGGGGCCAUUCAUGCAUGGAAUCUUCAGUUUCCGGAAUUGUUUGCUGAUGGAAUUAAAGCUUGGGUUGAGAAUGAACCUCUGCCUGAGGAGUUUGUCAGUUUGCUUUAG